AUGGAGCAUCCUCCUCGUUUGUUCCUGGGCAACAUUCUUUGGAACACCACGCAGAACCAGAUUCAACAAGUGCUGGACAAGUACAAGGUUGGCAUGAAGGAAAACAGUACCCGCAAUUUCCAAAGACUACCAGUCAAAGCGGACCUGGAACACAAGACAGGGGGAAUCAAACUGUACCUGUCAGACAAGAAGUCGCUCAUGAAGGAGUUCCCCAUCAACGCCAAGAACAGAAACCGUUUGUGCUCCCCAGAGCCUUCCAGCAAGGGUUGGGGCAAAGCCAUGCUUCAAGCAAACAUGGCAAACGCUGCAACCUAG